CAACAUGGAAUUCCAAAAUGACUGCAAAAUCUGUUGUAUCCCACGUAACAAUUGACAGACAGUAUAAGAUAUCUAUGAGUCAAUGAUAUGCGUCAUUUUAUCUAAACAAAUAGAACAGUCGACACGGAAAAUGAAAACCUUAAUAGUUAUUUUAUUGUUAGUGGUGUCCUCGCAGGCUUUGAUACAGUGUCCACCAGAUGCAUGUAUGACUGUAAGAUGUGCCGCUGUAACAGAAACAAAUUGUCUUGGAAGAAUUUCAAAGAAUGGAGGGUAUUGCGGAUGUUGUGAUGCCUGUAUACAGCAUAUAGCUGAAGGAAAAAGCUGUUUUAAUUUUCUCCUGCUUGGAGCACCUUCUACUGCCGAGUGUGAACCUGGGACUCAUUGUGAUUCCAAAUCAUUUACCUGCGUCCAUGGUAAAUCUCUUGCUGCUCCUGAACCAUUAUCUUCAUGUCAAAGCGAGCUUCAAACAUACCUUGGAAACCAGCAAAAUGGCGUUCCCUUGCUAGGAGCUAGAAAACCAGUAUGUGAUACCAACGGAAACUUUUCACCAAAACAAUGUUCUGGUUCACAGUGUUAUUGUGUAAAGAAAGAUGGAAGCAAAAUUGAUAGUUACACAGCCAAUGUUUGGGAGUCCAGUGGACAAACCUGUCAAUGUGCCCGUGAUCAAGCAGAGUAUAUGGCUACCGGAUUAAUCGGAAAACUCUUCUAUUGUACCGAUGACGGCAGCUACCAAAAGUACAAGUGUGUUGGUUCAGUAUGUUUUUGUUCCGACUCCAAUGGAAAUCAGCUUGGAUUACAAACUGCACCAAUUGGACAAGUUCAAAGUUUAAAAUGUUAAACUUCGUAAAGAACAGGAAACAUCAAAGAAAGAAUACAGAGUACUAAAAAGAAUCGAUUUCUCAAAUGUCGUUGAUAAACAGGACUGCAUUGAAUUUUAAUUAAGCUUCAAAUAUAUUAAUAAUUUUUAAAAUCAAUAAGAUAUCUCAUACAUAUUGUGAUUAUGAUUAUAAAGAUACUUUAAUUAUCAAAAAUAUCAAGCUUAUAAUUGUGAACGCCAUACAAGCGGUUCGUCUAUAAAAGACUCAUCCGUGGUGCUGGAAUCAAAUAGUUUUAAGAGCCAAGUAAAGUACGAAGUCAAAGAGGAUUGAGGACCCAAAAUUUAAAAAUAAAUUGCCAAAUAGAGCUAGGUUAUUUAUUCCUUGGGUAGAAAAUCCUUAGUAUUUCGAACUAUACAUAUUGUUUUAUAUUAAACACUUCACUAUUUCAAACUUUAUUUUAGGAAAACACAUCCGUGACAUGAAAAAUAACAGUCUUGGCAUUUAAAUAAGUUAAACUGAUAUUUGAUUCCAAGAUUGCUCUGACGUCUGGCGAGCCCUUUGAGGAAUUGCUGGGUCUAUUCAUUGUACGUCAAAAUAUAUAUAUCAACCCAUAAAUGUUUGGUUACGUCCCUUUCACUUGGAAAAGUUUUCAGUGUCUCCGUCAUUUCAUUUUGUGCAAAUAUAAUUUUGGAGCACAUUUAUGCACAUGACUCUUCUGAUCCGCAUGUAUAUACAAGAUAUUAUCUUCAUCUAAUCUUUUGUAUACUAACGUCCAUUUUGCGAGCCUAUUGCAUUUAUUAGCUCCCAUGAUUUAAAGUACUUGAGAUCGCUAUGACGUUGCGCACGGUAUUGGUACCACUGAGCGUUACACGACGUCCCAAUAAAACAAGGAUGCUGACGUUGUUUCAAAGAACGUUUCAAGCAUACAAGCUUUUUACUUAUGUGAAAAUGCCACUUAAAGUAACCAUAGAAUUUACAUUCUUUUAAGAAGUCUUUAUUUUGCAGAGAUUUUCGUAGUCGCUUCGAUUCAUUAUGUAUUUUCAUUUUUCCAUGUUGGGGUUGGCAUUAAUAAAUGCAAACAUUGAUAUCCAAAUUUCCAUAGAAUUAAAAAAAUAUUUUAAACAUUCAUGAAAAAUUGCCCCUAACAGCAAUGUUUAGCACUGAAUAACAAUUUGACGUUUUGAAUCAUUUGUAUGUGAGAAGAUUUAACAUCUUUUUUGUAUAUUAUUUAGCGUCUUUCAUUUUCAAAAUCCAGAAUGUUUUGAAACUUCAAAACUGAUUUUGAUACAAUAAGCGAAACAAAUGCAGGGAAAAACUGACACUACCGUUUUUCUCUUAUGAAGAGUGUGCUUCCAAAAUAUUAUGUGCAUAUAUAUCUGUAUUAUCAGUUUCUUCUUUUCUAAAAAUUAAGUAAUGAUCUUUGUGCCGCAAAACUUCUUCAAUCUUGGCUAGUAAAAUUGUUAAUACUUUGUUUCUUGUUUCUGUUUCUUCCCUUCUAUUAUUAGUUUCUUUUUGUCACGUUGUUGAUGUUGGUAUUUUCUCUCCCACAAUUUGUCUUUUUUAAAUUUAGCUAAUAUUCAAAUGCUUCUUAAUUUGAUUAUUUGAAAGAUGUUGAUAGACGAUAGCCUGAUAUUUUUCUUUUCAUAAUCUCAUUUUAUCUCCACUUUAUUCAUAAGAGGUCCGUUGUAUUCAUUUUUUUUUCUAAAAAUAAAAGUCGCUUAUACUAGUGUUAUAAUUCAUAUUUCAUAUAUUAUCGGUUUAACUCGAUGAAUCAUCAUCAUAUGCGUAUUAGUUCACGAUUUUGACAUCAAUAACAACUUUGUGGAAAUUGUUUAAAAUUGGCAAUAUCUUUUGAUAAAUCCCUUAGGAAAAACUUUAUGGAAUAUGCAUCACGUAUGAAAUAGAAAUACGUGUACUUGUGCUGCCAUUGUUGAUUUUCAAUAUUUGAAGGUAGAACGGGGUUUAGAUUAUUAUUUUUUUAUUGCAGAAAACUACAAAUAAUCGAUUUAAAAUUUUUACCAUUAUUGUUAGCAAGAUUGAAUGAUGAAUAAAUGAAAUUAAUUUGUGAAAUUUUCAUUAAAAAAGAAUAAAUAAUGAGCUUAU